ACUCACCUCAUCUGAACUCUCACAAUGGCAAGCGCUAAACUAGCUGCUCUCGGGUUCAUUGUACUCUUGAGCAUUGGAUUGGCCAAUGCUGGAAGGGUGGCUAGAUACUCUAGUUCUCAAGGAACAGGAUCUGGAGAGGGAGGGGGUGGGGGUGAAGUGAGUGGUGGUGGCUCAGGAUCAGGGAGCGGAGCUGGUUUUGGCCAGAGUUCAAGCAGUGGUGCACAUGCAAGCAGUGGAGGUGGAGGUGAAGGGAGUGGCCAUAGCCAGCCCGGCGGUACUGGAUCCGGCAGCGGGUCCGGUGCCGGCUCAGGAUAUGGUGGUUAUAAUGGUGAAUAUUAUAAUGGUGGAUAUACUGAAGAUCCGGUAGUCGGCUUGGUGCCGGCUCAGGCUCCGGUGCAGGCUCAGGGUCCGGUGUCGGCUCAGGCUCCAUUGCAGGCUCAGGGUCCGGUGUCGGCUGAGUCUCCGAUGUAUAUAUAUGAAAGUGAUGUUGGUGAAUCUUCCAGCUCAGGCGGUAGCGGUGGUGGUGGUGGUGGAGGACAAGCAACCGGGGGGUAUUAUGGAUCUAGUGGCUAUGGAUCUGGUAGUGGCUAUGGAUCCGGCUCUAGUGAUGCAAGUAAUAACUACUAUUAUGGAUAUCGUAAUGCAAAUGCAUAUUCUAAUGGUGGUGGUAGUGGAAGCGGACAAGGCACCAAUGGUGGGAACGGAGGCGGCAGCGGCGCUGGAUCUGGUUUUGGCAAUACCAACCCGUAAAUCUCUUCGUCGUGCUAAUCCAAAUAUGAAGCCCAACCCACUCGAUAUGUGUUGAAUGGGUACCAUAUAAGUUCUUUUCAUUUGUUUGUACCUUUUGUGACGUUUAUUACAAGAAAUAAAGGGCUUCAUCAUUCCGAUAAAAUAGCGGUGUCAGCAACAAGAAUAUUGUGUGACUAUGGGUUCUCUAAGUGUAACAUGUCUUUCCUCGUUGCAUAUCUAUUUAUAUAUCCAUAGUUUCAAAGA